UUCUGCAGUCUGGACCUCUGGUGGUAGCUCCCCCCUCAUUUUGCUCCUGUGAUUAUUCUCUGCAGUAGGUUACUGUGGCAGAUAUGGAGGAAGAAAUGCAAGAACUCAGAGACAUGGUCGCUCAGCUUAAGGCUGACAAUGAACGACUGCGCCAGGAGAGGGCUGCUGCAGGGGCUAACACUACUGCUUCUACCUCCACAGCCACCCCUGAUGCACCAGCCCGGCUAGUGCCUCCACCUGUGAUUCCGGGUCCACCAAUGGAAAGACUUGUGUUUAUUCCUCGAGAUAAGAAAUGUCCUACGUUUAGGGGCGGGUCAGGUAUUAGCAUUGAUGAAUGGGAGGAAGAAGUGUGGGCUUGCAUGAGGGCUCGUCAUCUCUCUACAGUUGACCAAGCUUUCUUUAUAUUUGAUCACUUAGAGGGGGAUGCGAGGGAGGAGAUUAAAUAUCGCCCUGCCAUUGAACGGGAGGACCCAGUGAAGGUACUGUCUAUAUUGCAUGAACUGUAUGGCUGUUCCCAAUCUCAUGUAUCCCUACAGGAGGCAUUUUUUUCGAGAAAGCAGCAGGAUGGAGAGGGUCUGCUGGAGUUUUCCCUGGCGCUGAUGAACCUUAUGGGGAAGGUUAAACAGGCUGCACCACAUGCUGUAACUAACGCAGAGCUUCGUGGUCACCGGCUAGUCUGCUCCUGCUGCCCGUGUGUUAGACACCAUCCCUUAUUCAUUCUACAGCUGAACGUGGGUGAGUGCUCCCCAUACGGCGCUUUGUGCACUAAUCGUAGUUACGAACAUAGGUAGCGCGGCCUUUUCCAUCUACGCGGGGUGCAUAGCGUGGGUCGUGCUGCUGUCUUGUCUGUAGUUAUUUUAUUUUGGUGUAGCCUAAUUGUGUGCGGUUUUUCAAGUACGUUCUGUGUCUUUCUUUUUGUGGGCAUUAAUUUAGUGUCUACGUCUGCCUGUGUUUGGGUUUAUUUGGCGUUUAUGUCAGCCUGCAUGUUGCUUGCCGCAUUAGUAGAGAGGAACGGGGCAUAAGUGGCAUAUGCUUCAUCCUGGUAACUGCUUAGGUUCUGUCUGGUGCUGGCUGUCAUUAGCGUGUGUUUGUAUUUCUUUUGUCCUGGUGUGCCUGCAUUAUCUACCAUAACGUCUGUAUUGGCUGACUGUAUUUUUGCCCCCCCCUUGUGGUGCUGUUUUAUUUGUUUGUUUGGCAGAUGUGGGGCCCUCUUUGAGGGAGGCUAGUCACCUGGUGGUGGGACCCUGUAGCUGCACAUUUGUGGUGUCAUUGUUGCUUGCGGUGGGCUGCUGUGUCACUGGUAAGUCACUUUCUUGCAGUGUGUAUGCACGUGUGAUGGCUGGAACUUAGAACACACCUCCAGUUAGUCUGUCUCCCUCAGGUAAGCCCCCAUCUGCUGUAUCUUUUUAGCUCCAGUGGAGCCUGGCCCCACUUUAGAAAUCACCUGUUCAUAUUGUAUCAUAAUAAAAGAACAAUAAUAAAUAUUUUUGUACUUUCAUAACCUCUGACUCGGUUCAGGUAUUAUUGCAGGACACUCCUCCCUUCCCCCCCCCCUUUGGUUAUUUAAUAAACUUAUGAUUUGACUGGAAUUCACGUUGUCUGCUUGGUGCUUUCGGACCUGUGUCAAACCUUCCUUAGCAAAUUCUCUUAAAGAAGUCCCAGGGUACUAAGCCCAGGGUGGCGUAGUCGGGCUACUGGGAGUGGCUUAUAGCC